GUCCCAUGGCCACCGGCGCGUGGCGUGUAGUACUGGAAGUGUAGAAAUUCAUAUAAAAUUGUAUAUGUAAAAACAUACUAACAUAAAAGGGUAUGAUAAUACAAUUUACAGAAACACCAAGUCUGGUUUAGGAGUUGAAUAUAAGGUAGUUUGUGCUAUAUUUUACAACGAGGGGAAGGAAACUGCGUGACGUAUUAGGUAACAUAUUAAUUAAGUGCAUUCUGAACAAACGAAUAGUCAUUUUCCCAGUUAUCAGGGUUAUGAACAGUUUUGCUUUUUUCGGACUGACGAAAUUGCCGUCUGCUGCAUUGAUAGCGGGUUUAACUGAUGGCUGAAAGCUGCGUAAGCAGAGAGAUCGGCUUGAAAGCGGCGCGGCUGCCGACUAUGUGCGGCGCCAUUUUGCCGUACGGCGGGGGCCCAGCGGAGCAUCAUGGGGGCCCUGCCCGCAGCGUGUUUAGUUAGGGUAGCCUGUUAAAAUGCCGAACACCGUUUACUUCUUUUUCCAAGAUGGCGUCGAUGAGGGACAGCGACACCGGCCUCUGGCUGCACAACAAGCUGGGAUCCACGGACGAGCUGUGGGCGCCCUCCAGCAUUGCCUCGCUGCUGACCGUGUCCGUGAUCGACAACAUACGCCUGUGUUUUUCCAGUUUGUCCCCCCCGGUUAAGCUCAAGCUGCUGCUUGGGAUGCUGCAUCUCCCGCGGCGCACCGUGGACGAGAUGAAGGAGGCUCUUAAUGAGAUCAUCCAGCUGGCCACGCUGGACUCGGAACCGUGGGUCCUGAUGGUGGCCGACAUCCUUAAGUCUUUCCCAGAGACGGGCUCCCUUAACCUGGACCUGGAGGAGCAGAACCCCAAUGUGCAGGACAUCCUGGGGGAGCUGAGGGAGAAAGUCAACGAGUGUGAGGCUUCGGCCUUGCUGCCCCUGGAGUGUCAGUACCUGAACAAGAACGCCUUGACGACCCUGGUGGGGCCGCUCACGCCUCCCAUCAAGCACUUCCAGCUGAAGAGGAAGCCCAAGAGCGCCACCCUGAGGGCAGAGCUGCUGCAGAAAUCCACGGAAACAGCACAGCAGCUGAAGAAGACAGCCGGAGUGCCUUUCCAUGCCAAGGGGCGGGGCCUGGUGAAGAAGAUCGACACCACAACUCCCCUCAAGGGCAUCCCGAAAGCCCCCUUCCGGAGCCCCACUGCCCCCAGCAUGUUCAGCCCCCCCAGCAACAGGACGCCCAUCGCACCCGUGCGGACACCAUUGCGCAAGGAGCGUGGGGUCAAGUUGUUAGAUAUCUCCGAGCUGGACAUGGUGGGCGCCGGAAGAGAAGCCAAGAGGCGGAGAAAGACGCUGGAUACCGAAGUGGGCGAGAAGGUUGCCAAAGAAGAAGCGGUGGUGGAGAACACCACGCCCGACUACGCCGCCGGCCUGGUGUCCGCGCAGAAACUGGGCUCCCUGAACAAUGAGGGCACGCUGCCGUCCACCAGCUACCUGCCCGCCACGCCCAGCAUGGUUCCAUCCUCGUCCUACAUUCCCAGCUCCGAGACGCAGCCGGCCAACGUGGCAGCGUCGGGUCGCGAGCCUCUGCCGUCCAACAGGCAGCCAGAGGAGACAGCAGCCCUCAGCGUCACCCUCCCACCCCAGUUCAAGCAGCGCCCCCCCAUGUACAACAGCGGCAGCAGCCCUGCGGCCCCCACCUCACCUGCCACUCCCACCAGCACGCCGGCCAAUCCCACGCCGCCGCCUGCCUCUACGGCCACGCCCCAGGAGCAGCCUGCCCAACCUCCGCCCGCCCAGGCUGCCUCCACCCCUGCUCCCCCGUCACAGCAACCCAAGAAGAACCUCUCCCUCACGAGAGAACAGAUGUACGCCGCACAGGAGAUGUUCAAGACCGCGAACAAAGUCACGCGGCCGGAGAAGGCGCUCAUCCUGGGCUUCAUGGCGGGAUCCCGAGAGAACCCGUGUCCGGAGCAGGGCGACAUCAUCCAGAUCAAGCUGAGCGAGCACACGGAGGUGCUGCCCAAGGCUGACGGCACCGGCAGUACCACCAUGCUGGUGGACACCGUCUUCGAGAUGAACUAUUCCACGGGCCAGUGGACCCGCCUGAAGAAGUACAAGCCCAUCACCAACGUCUCGUGAGGGGGGCGGGGCUGGGCGGGGCUGGGCGGG